UAUAUUAAUAUGAGGUUCAAAGAGCUAUAUUAAUAUGAGGUUCAAAGUGUCAGUUUUAAGUAUGCCAUUUAUGUAAUCAUGAGAUUCCUAGAGAAGUUUUCUUGUACCCAAUUCCAAACGAAGGCAACAAAACUAUUUGCCUUCUAUUAUCAUCCUAAAACCCAACUUCAUACUUACCUCAAACCACCAAAAGCAAACCAAAUACUGAAGAGACAUCUCAACUCCAAUUGCCCAACAAAAGCUCUUUCACUAUUUAGAGAGCUUUUGAGAAAAAGCCUCCCCACAAUUGAUAGCUAUUCUCUACUAUUUGUCCUAAAAGCUUGCACCCAAAAGUCCUCCUCAGUAGAAGGAAAACAAUUGCAUGCCCUUGUCAUAAAACUCGGGUUUGAACACGUCAUUCAUCUCCAAACAUCUCUUGUGAAUAUGUAUUCAACGACAUGUAACAUCGUCGAUGCACGCAAGUUGUUCGACGAAAUGCCCGACAAGAAUGUAGUUUGCUGGACUACCUUGAUUUCUGCUUAUGUUGACAACCGGAAGCCUAACACGGCUCUUCAGCUGUUUAGGCAGAUGCAAAUGAACAAUGUCCAACCAGACCAAAUUACAGUUACUGUUGCUCUAUCUGCUUGUGCUGAUCUUGGAGCACUCGACGUGGGAGAAUGGAUUCAUGCUUCCAUACGUCGUGAAAAGGGACUCAACGUGGAUUUAUGCCUAAAAAACGCUCUCAUCAACAUGUAUGCAAAAUGUGGAGACAUAGAAGUUGCUCGGAGAUUGUUUGAUAGCCUGCGGAGGAAGGAUGUCACAACUUGGACAUCCAUGAUUGUUGGGCACGCAUUGCACGGACAAGCAGAGGAAGCUCUCAAUCUCUUUGCUAAAAUGAAGGAAACAAGAGAAUCCCCAAAGAAGAAGAAGAAGAAAAACGAUGGUUGUAAUGGAGGCGCGUCUUCGAUUGUUCCUAAUGAUGUUACCUUCAUAGGAGUUUUGAUGUCCUGCAGCCAUGCCGGGAUGGUGGAAGAAGGGAAAAGGCAAUUCAGAAGCAUGGUUGAGGACUAUGGUCUGAAGCCAAAAGAUUCACACUAUGGCUGCAUGGUGGACCUCUUCUGUCGAGCGGGGAUGCUCGAAGAAGCCUAUGAUUUCAUCUCAAAAAUGCCAGUUCGGGCGAACGCGGUGGUGUGGAGGACACUGCUAGGCGCUUGCAGCCUUAAUGGAAGUGUUGAACUUGGCUCAAAAGUUAGGCAAAAGUUGCUCGAGUUGGAGCCUGCCCAUGUUGGUGAUAGUGUCGUUUUGUCCAAUAUUUAUGCAGCCGAAGGCAUGUGGGAGAGAAAAAUGACUGUUAGAGAUCAAAUGACGAAGCAGAGAAGGUCACCUGGUUGUAGCUCAAUUGAGGUGGGAAGUGGGAUUAGUGAAUUUGUUGCCUCAGAUGAUAAUCAUCCUUAGAAAUCACAAAUAUGUGAGGUUCUUAAGCGCUUGGUUGUGGACAUGAAAGCUUAUGGCUAUUCUCCACAGCUCUCGUGCCUAGAUGACUCCUAA